CACAUUAUAAUGUUCACACGGCUGUUCUUUUGUAUUUUUAGCAGUGCCUCAACAUGCAGAUGCAGGAGUCGUUGGGUAUGGAUGGAUUUAUGAAACCUUCCACAGAAGCACAGGACCCAAACUACAGCCAAUAUCUGCCCGGGAUGGACCAUCUCUCGUCCGUCCAGACAGAGGUGUGUCCUCCCGAAUACAUCAACACAUAUGAUGGAUCCUUUAACACUAUGGUGUCGCCCAACCUCAGCCAGAUGAGUCUGAAUGUCCCGGAGGUGGGGGCCGAGUUUGGACCUGAAGAAUUCAAUGAGCUGUUUUAUCCUGAGAUGGAGGUUAAAGUGAACAGCGGUCCUCUCACAUCCGAUGAAGGAAGUACGGUCAGCCAACUGGCUGAGAUCCCCAGCGAUCCUCCUGUGAACCCUAUGGAUCUGCCCAGCUUCUCACCUGGAAGCUUCAGCUCAGGAAAACCAGAGCCUAUGUCCGAAUUCCCAGAUUCUGAUUCCGGCUUGUCGCUGGAUUCCAGCCCUCACACGAGCUCUCCGGGGAAGUCCUUGAACGGAGAUGGAUACUUUGGUUUCAGUGACUCUGACUCCGAAGAGAUGGACGGUAGCCCGGGAGACAUGGAGUCAGAUUAUGCCGAGAUAUUCCCACUGGUUUACCUUACCGAUGAAGCAUCUCGGGCAUCUCUCUCAGAGAAACCUCCAGCAGAGGCACAGCAGAUGAAAGCGAAGAACCCAAAGAUAGAGCCGGCAGAGGCCAAUGGCCACUCCAAACCUCCCUUUACCAAAGACAAGCAGAAGAAACGCUCUGAGGCCCGGCUCUCCCGUGACGAACAGAGAGCAAAAGCCUUGCAGAUCCCAUUUACUGUGAACAAGAUCAUCAAUCUGCCUGUGGAUGACUUCAACGAGAUGAU